UCAGAGCCGUCAAUUUCGAGAUAUCACAUCGCCGUUUCAUCCAGAACUCUCUUCUCGGAAAAUGUCUUGCUGUGGUGGAAACUGUGGCUGUGGCGCCGGCUGCAAGUGCGGCAACGGCUGCGGAGGGUGCAAGAUGUACCCUGAUUUGAGCUACUCGGAGGCCGCCGCCCCCGCCGGAACCGUCGUCCUCGGCGUCGCCCCUCAGAAGACACACAUUGAUGGAGGCGAGCAUUCUGAGAGCGCUGCAGAGAACGGGUGCAAGUGCGGCGACAACUGCAACUGCAAUCCCUGCAAUUGCAAAUGAAUUGGACUAACGGGGCUCCAAAGCAGAGAUCGAUCCAUAAGAAGUUAGUUUUAUUAUUAUAACCGUGUGUGUUGGGUGCAAAAUUAUGAGACGGCUCCAUCUUCAAAUGGUGGAUUGUCAAAAACUAAUUUUGACCCAGUUGCAAUAAGAGCAGGCAGCCAUGGAUGGAAUGGUGGCUGCUGCUUUUGGAGUGUGUUUUGUAAUGGAUUAGUAGCGUUAUAUGGUAUCCAUCUCUGCCUCUUCUUCUGGAGUUGUUGUGUUGAUUGUAGCAGAAAGAGAGAUGAGUUGGGCUUUAUAUUAAUGGAAACUCCUUUCUUUCUUUC